GUUAAUGCAACCAUCUCAAGAAGCCUAUAUAGUACUGAUGUCUCCUCUGAUCAACACAAUCCUGAUAAAGCUCGGUGAUGAGCGCAGGAAUCAUGUGAGUGGGGAGGGGAGGGAUCCUCAUCUUGUGGAGCCUCAAGCUGUGACAUGGUGACUCUUGUUUAGCUAGACAUGGCGGACGGUGACGAGGACUUCGAGGAGGAGGAGGUUUGGGCAGUUGUCAUGGAGAGGAAGGAAGCCAGCAGUCCAAGGUCUAGAAGAGGUAAGGAUUCUUCGUGUCAUGCUUCUGCUGCCGCUCGCCGGCUUCCAACCGGUGCAAGGAUGAUCCCGAGGUCCGCCGCGGGUUCAGAAGCAAGCGGUCGAGACCGCAAGCAAUCUGCUCCCGUUAGCAUCCCUGACUGGUCCAAGGUUUAUGGGCAUGGCCAGGGGCCGAGUUCCGUAGCUACCGGCGACGAAGACGGCUGUGAUCGUCGCGGCGGCACCAGUGAGAAUGAUGAGGACGACGAGGACGACGACAGAGCCCCUCCACACGAAUGGCUCGCGAAGAAGAUGGCCAGGAGCCAGAUCUCGUCCUCCUCCGUCUGUGAAGGCGCCGGGAGAACGCUCAAGGGCAGAGAUCUAAGGAAGGUGAGGAACGCUGUGCUCACCAAGACUGGUUUCUUAGAGUAAGAUAGGAGUAGGAGGAGCAGUGGCGAUAUAGUAGUAAGAGGAGAGGUUGAUGUGGGGGAGUAUGAUGGCUUCCUGUGAACAGAGUACGUCAGUGCUGCUUUUGGGCUACGUCGUCGUUUGCUUUUCCUUUUCCUUCUCAUGUUUGUUAGCUUCUUUUGCCUGGCAGCAUUGAAAUUUUGUCUGGUGAGUUGUGCGUUACCGAGCUCAGGGAGAAGACGAUGAGAACUGAGAGGUUCUCUUUUUGGUGCUGUAGAUCACUUGGCAUGUGUAACCUCUGAACUACAUGUCCCUCGCUAAUACUAUGUGCAAGGAAUGUCUUUUUU